GUCGAUCAACGCAUCCCGUCGUGAUCGUUCGCUUCUUCAUAAUCCCAUACCAAUUGGUAAUAGUGCGUGAUUUGUUUCCGUGAUUCGUGAUUCUGCGAGGCUACUCUUCAUCGCCAUUUUCAUCGCACAUUUGCGGAAACGGUUAUUGCCUGCGUUUUCGUCGUGUGCAAACAGAACCGGAAUGGGACGACUACGACGCGGUCAUAGUUUGGAAGUCAUCUUCGAAGACGAGACGACGGAAUUCCAGCCAUCGAUCGCCCGGCUAGAAGAAGAAGAAUUGACCGAUGAGUGGAAGAGUUACCGUCGACUGAGCCGACGCCAAAUUCUCGUCCAGCAGCAAGAAGAAUUCCACGAGCCGUCCGUCCAGGUGACGCUGUGCUCGCAGUGUUGCCUCGCCACCGAAAUGCAUGACGCGUCUCAGAAAGCGGACACGACGCCGAGCGCGUCUCAAUUGUUCGUCGGUGGCGGCGGCCGACGCCGCAAUUCCACCUAUUUAGCGCUGGCGUGCGCCAACGCCGUCAGCCAGGGCGCCAUGACGCGCAGCCUCCGCCAAAUGUUUGAAAGUCAGCCGGUCCGCGAGACGCAGCCGCUGCUCAGCCGCGCCGAAAUCAAACAGCAAAUUCAAGCGGCUCGAUUGCGGCGCAACAGCAUUGCCGUCCUCUAUCCGAGCAGCAACAGCCAGUCGCAAUCCGACAUCGUAACAGCCGUUCCGGCUGUCGUCGUCGACGCUGUUGCGGCCGCCGCUCCCAAUCAACCGACGCUCGUUCCCUUUGAAUCGUCACCUGUCCAAUCGGCUGGCCCGAUGGACGACGCCGCCGAUGCGCCGACCGAUGCGACAACGUCGCAAAUUUGCAUCCGCUGCGAUAAAUGCUCGUCGAUUUUGACCAGCUCGCCCGUCGCACUGUCCGUCGUCAUCAACAACAAGAGGAACGUUUCGGCAACGCAGCCGCCGCUUGUUGCCGAAGACAAGAUGGAAAUCGAAGAAAAAGAACAAGAACAAGAAGAAGACGUGCCAGAACGCAAUCUGUCGGCCAGCAAAUUUCCGAUUCCGACCAAUCGCGAAGUGUUGGAGGAGGAACUGCCCAAGCCGGACACGGUCAAAAAGGCGCGCUGCCUAUUCGAGUCGAGUUUCAUCGAGGCCAACAAGAAUAGCGGCAGCAAUUUCAGCACGUUGCAGCACGUCAAAUCCAACCCGUCCAGCAAAAUUUUGCGAUCCGAAUCGAGCAUGACGCUGGAUCGAGCCGGCGGCCGCAGCUCUUCGGCGGCCGGCCGACCGCCCUUCCGCUGGCCGUCGAGGCAGGAGCACAUGCGCAACCGAUCGCCGUCGCCUUCGCCCUCGCCGUCGCCCAUCCCGGCGCUCCACUUGCCCGUCAAGUCGCACAAAAUCGCGUCGACGACGCUGCCUUCGUAUUACCGCAGCUCUCCGUCGCUGACGCAGUACCGAUCGUCGCGCCACUCGCUCCACUCGACCGACGUUGAAAGCUACGCCUCGGAAGGCGCAAGCGAUUGCUGGAGCAGCGAUUUGGAGAGCGAGGCGAGCUAUUCGUCAUCGGGCCGCGAUGACUUGUCUGACAGCCUGGACGGCAUGCGCUACAUAUCUCCGGAUGUCAUGGAAAAGAUCCGCUCUUACGGCAUGACUCUCACUUUUGUCAACGGCAAAAUGGUUGACGAGGAUGAAGAAGACCAAGACGACGAGCCGCAAAUCAUUGCCAAAGAGGCUGCAACGCGCAAAGUCGUGCAAUCGAUACGCUCUGCCGGACAGAGCCAACCGAUACCGGCCCAGAAAAUAUGCCAACCUCCUCCGGCCGUCGCUGAACCCCAGCCGCCCAAAGCGAUGAAACAACAAGAUGCGAGCAGUCCGCAGCCUCGCAUUGUGGCCUGCCUUCCCAAACAGGAAGCUGAAAAGUCGGACAACAACAACAAGACAAACAGCAACAUGAAAGUGCAAUUCAACAACAAGAUGCGACACAGUUCCGGCGAGUCGUCGGCCAGCUCGGGCGUUAGUUCCGGGACCAACGCCGGAAGCGACGGCAGCGAGUACGGCAGCUCGCCCUUCGCCAGUUUGAAGCGCACCAAGUCGGCCAACGCGGACCACACGGUCGAACGCAGCCCGUCGCCCGGUCCGCGCCAAUCGGGAACUCGCAAAGCCGUUGGCUCCUCCCCAUUCGGAUGCUAUUCCGUCGUUUAUAGCUUCAGCGCUUCCGCACGUAGCCCCAUGUACGUUUGAAAAUUUCCACCCCAAAAUAUUUGACUUCCGAUUCGCAGCUUUUCUUCCCAUUUUUUUUUAUUCCUCAUGUUUUAACAUUUUAAGCAAUUCUCAAAAAAAAAAACCAAAAAAAAAGUCAUCCGGUUUGGGUUUUUUAAAUCCGCAGGCGCGCAAUUUUCCACAAAGUUUUUUAAAAAAUAUUACAUAAUAAAUAAUUGCAAAUUUAUAUCCUAUAUUUUAGAAAACAUGCCCAAAUGUAGUCUCCCCUCCGCAAGCCAUUUGUACCCAUCCGCAUUGGCGGAAGAAAAAAGAAAAAAAAAACAAGUAUUUCUUAUAUAGCGACGCGUGCAUAUAAUUAAUAAUUAAAUUCCCGAGAUGAAAGAAAAAGACAUUUGACAAUUCGAUGAAGACGAAGGAAAAAGAUAGAGAAAAUACAAUGAACGGAUGACUCACUUUUAA